AUGCUUCUGUGCUCAGCCAGUCUCUGCUCUGGCCAAAAUGCCACCGACGACAAUGUGAAGGCCUCCAAAGGGGAGCUUCAGUCCUCAUCCAGCACUUCGACCACUGCCAAACCACCAACUAGUUCGACUUCCCCCUUGCCAAAAGCCAAGGCCAAGCAGGCCCAUGAAAUCGAAGAGGAUGACAAAAACUUCUCGAAUGAUCGACUGCCCGAAUUGACGGACGCUGAGUACAGCAGCCUGGGGGAGGAUGCGAAUCCUUUGCACUUCCUUAAGCAGCAGCAGCCGCAGCCCACCAAUCCGCAGCCCAAACCUGAACCCAUGGCUAUGCCCCAACCCAGUGCCUCUUCCAUCUACAUUACCAUCCCAAUUUACAUCAAUGCGGCUGGCAAGCUGCCACUCACUUUGGCCAUUGGCGAUCAGCAAAUGUCCCUCAAUCAGCUGAGAAAGUCAGCCUCAGCGAACAAGAAGAGUCCCCACACGAAGUCUCCCAAUUCCCAUUUCAAUCGUUUGCUCCAGCAAAUCGAGACGACUCCCAAGAGACGGGUGACGAACCGUCAUCGCAGCCAGCUGAAGAGCAACAUCCGAGCGGCAAAGGAGCGUCCGAAUCGACACGCUGCCAUCUACUAG